AUGCCAUUGCCACUCUCAACGGCUACUCUGCGCAAAUCGGAAUCCAUUUCAAGGCAUCAAUACGGUGCAAUUGGAACACGAUUGGAAGAUCCAAAAUCGGCGGCCAUUUAUGCCAAUGUGAACGAAAAAGUAGAAACAUGGACCGAAAUAACUUAUUUUGCACUCGUGAAAUUGUCAAUCCCUGGUAUUAUGCUACCGAAAUUUAUCAUAAGUUUCUACUUAUACUUUUCAACUACUUUGGGAGAAGAUACUUUCAGUUUGCCGUUUCCAAUGUGGUUACCAUUUGAUUGGAAAACCCCUCAUGGAUAUUUAAUCGCUUAUGCAAUUCAAUAUGCUGCGGUUUAUUAUGUAUUUCAUGCCGCUGUCUGUCAUUUGGGUUUUUUAAUUGGAUCAUGUGAAAUAUUGAUGGCAUUUGCCAUGGAUCUCAAGCAAGAGUUCAAUACGUUGGUCGAAAAACCGGACGAAAAUCAAACGGAACUUAAGAAAAAAUUGUCGAAAUUCAUUCAAUUCCAUUGCAGUGCAAAACAACUGGUUGAGGAGCUCGCUGAUUUAUACAAAUUUAUAUUUUCGUUCGGUGUUUUGUGGAGCAUUUCGAACAUUUGCAGUACACUUUUGCUCGUUGAAAUGGAAAUGGUAAACAACGCAGGAAAUCUUUUGGGAUUGAUUCAACCAUUGACGUUGAUGUUUUGGUCAUUCGUCCUCGUGUUGCUCUAUUGUGACUUUGGUGAAAGAGUGUGCGGUGAAUUUGAUGCAGUCCAUAACACGAUCGAAGAAUGCGAUUGGUAUCUGUUCCCGAUUGAGAUUCAGAAGAUGCUACUCACCAUCAUGAUGGCUGACCAGCCCGUUGUACUCAAAGGAUUUGCAAACGUUGUUAUAACCCGAGAAACUUCUAAAAAGAUCGCUAAUGGGGGAUACUCGUACUUCAACAUCCUACGGCAGUUUGUUAAAUGA